GAAAUGGUAGAUCUACCCCUUCCUGCGACUUGGUAUAAAUACCUAAAUAUCAGGUAACCUAACUGGGGCUGAGGCCGGUUUCGGUGUAGAUAGGCCGAACAGGCCAAACCGUCACUUUCAUAAGUCUGCGGAACUUCGGUCGCAACCGAAAGACGCAUACAUCUUGUAUUAUUGUCACAUCGUAACAUCUCGUUGUGUAAAAUGGCGUCUAUGGUUAACUCUGCCAAAAAGUUACGCAUUGGCGUAGACGUUGGCGGCACCAACACAGAUGGCGUUGUUCUCGAUCCCUCACGAGCUCUAGAAUCAGACAAAGGUAUUAUCGCCUGGCACAAGGCCCCAACCACGACAAACCCGAGCCUUGGUAUCAACGAUGCCAUUACUACUAUGUUCAGCGCAGCGGGGAUUAGCCCAGAUCAGGUCGCUAGCGUUACUAUUGGGACUACCCAUUUCGUCAACGCCGUCGUCGAGAGAGAUGCCGCGCGAUUAUCUAAAGUUGCUGUGCUCCGCCUUUGUGGCCCCUUUUCUAAACAUGCGCCGCCCUGCGUGGACUGGCCUGAUGAUAUGCGCGAGCUCAUCCUCGGCUACUAUGCCCUCUUGAAAGGAGGCUUAGAGGUUGACGGAUAUCUCAUCUCUGAUAUAGACGAGAAUGAGAUUAAAGAGCAAUGCGCCAUCAUCCGCGAGAAGGGCAUUAAGAGCAUAGUCGUAAAUGGAGUCUUCAGCCCCAUCGACACCAUCGAACAACAAGAGGAGCGUGUUGCUGCCAUUAUCCGUUCCGAACUCCCUGGAUGCGAUGUUGUCUGUUCAAAAGAAGUUGCCAAUCUAGGGUUUCUUGAGCGUGAGAAUGCUGCGAUCUUGAACGCGUCGAUUCUUGCAUUCGCGCGCAAAACGAUCCGUUCAUUUCAAGAGCCCAUCAAGCGCCUGGGCUUGGGUUGUCCCGUGUUCAUUACGCAAAACGAUGGCACGAUUUUAUCUGGUGAUAUGGCGGCGAAGCUGCCUAUCCGGACUUUCUCCAGUGGUCCGACCAAUAGCAUGCGCGGCGCUGCGUUUCUAGUACAGAACGAACUAGAUGAAGCAAUGAUGGUAGUUGACAUAGGCGGUACCACGACCGACGUUGGUCUUCUACUGGCAAAUGGCUUCCCACGCCAACAAGCUGCGCAUAGCGACCUGGCAGGAGUUCGGAUGAAUUUUUCGUGUCCAGAUGUGAAGAGUAUUGGCCUCGGUGGCGGUUCGAUCGUCCGAAAUGGCGAGACGCUAACCGUAGGACCAGAUAGCGUUGGCUACAAGAUCACCAAAGAGGCUCGGGUCUUCGGUGGUGAUGUCCUUACUGCCACCGAUUGUACCGUACUGGCGAACAGCACGGUCGAAAUUGGAAACAGGGAACUGGUAAAAGGCGCCCUAGAUGAUGAAGGAGUAUCAAAAUUCAAGGCUGUCGUAAAGCACAAGAUCGAAAAGAUCAUCGAUACCAUGAAAACCUCGCCAGAAGAUCUUCCCGUGCUUCUAGUAGGAGGUGGCGCAGUAAUUGCCCCAGAUGAGCUAAAGGGAGCCAGUAAGGUACUUAAGCCGAAGUGGUCAGGUGUUGCAAACGCCAUUGGAGCUGCGAUAGCGAGAGUCAGCGCCGUCAUUGAUACAGUUAAAUCUACUGAGUCGAAGUCCAUAAAACGCAUUGUGGAUGAGAUCUCUAAAGAGGCCAUCGAGAAGGCUGUGGCAAAUGGCGCAUCGAGGUCAACCGCCAGGGUGGUAGAAAUAGACACCUUACCUUUACCGUAUAUAGCCAAUAAGUCUAGAUUUACCGUACGGGCUGCGGGGGAUCUCGAUUACUCGCGUACAGAUUUCUCAACCCUUCACUUUGAAGAGACACUUGCAGAUACGGAGGUCCACAUGGAAGAGUACGAAAAGGCAGCUAAGGACUCAGAAAAGCCGACGAAAUUAGAGGUCAAGGAAGACUUCGAUAUUGACAACUAUAAACCCAAAGUCAUAAACCGCGUCUGGUACAUCAACGAGACAGACCUCAGUUGGAUUUCAAUCGGCUGCUACAUCCUCGGCACAGGUGGCGGCGGUAGUCCAUAUUCGUCUAUGAUCCGCCUCCGGCAGAUGCUACGCAGGGGUGAUGUAGUCCGUGUUGUAAGUCCGGAUGACCUAUCAGACCACGCAGCUGUAGCUACCGGAGGCCAUGCCGGCUCGCCGACAGUCGGGAUAGAGAAGCUAAGCGGUGACGAGAUGACCGAAGCACAGGAAGAGCUGUACAAAAUCUGCAAUGAUAACCCGACACAUAUUAUUUCGAUAGAGAUCGGCGGCGGAAAUGGUCUGCAGAGUAUGAUUAUCGGCGCAAGUACUAACAUGGACCUGCCGGCUGUCGACGGAGAUUGGAUGGGGAGGGCGUAUCCGACGAAGUGGCAGACCACUCCCGUCGUCUUUAAUGAGAGGACUCCUAUCUGGUCGCCUGUUGCCAUGGCAGACGGGAAUGGGAAUGUGGUAGUUAUGCCAAAAUCAACAUCAGACCUACAAGUCGAGCGCAUUCUUCGCGCAGCAUUGAGUCAGAUGGGCUCGGGCGUAGGAUUUGCCGACCCUCCUGUGACAGGCGCCGAAUGUAAACGAUGGGCCGUCGAGCAUACCAUCUCUCAGUCAUGGCGGAUCGGACGUGCAGUUGCCAAGGCGCGUAAAUCUAAUCGCGUGGACAACGUCGCAGAAACAAUCCUGGAAGAAUGCGGCGGCCCAGAGGCGGGCAAGGUGCUAUGGAAGGGUAAGAUCGUUGGCGUUGAACGUACUCUCCGCAUGGGCCACAUUUACGGGGAGUGUAUCAUCGAAGGCGCAGAUGUGGUUGACGACGAUGCGAGUGUCAAGGGACGAACCACCCCAACGCAGCCUCAAUUCCAAGGUCGAAUAAAGAUCCCGUUCAAGAACGAGAAUAUUGCCGCUAUCAAGCUCGUGCAAUCGGUUGUGGAAGGAGAGACUGUUGAGACGGAUGGUGAGGUCUUAGGACUCGUUCCGGAUCUAAUCACGGUGAUCGACGCGCAGAACGGCGAGGCGAUAGGGACUCCUGAGUAUCGAUACGGUCUUCUGGUCAUCGUCCUCGGUAUCACGGCUAGUGAGCGCUGGACUUCGGAGCGGGGCAUUGAGAUUGGUGGUCCGAAGGGCUUCGGCAUGGACCAUUUAACGUACAAACCCCUUGGUAAGUUCGUCAAGCCUAGAAGCGUGAUAGACGAGUUUGAUGUUACCGCGUAGAGAAUCCUAUCUUGGGAGAAUACCUAUAUGAGUUGGACAACAAGUCACCAAGAAUCACUGGCCUCUGAUAGUUAGUCUGCUUAGAGGCAUAUAAGCGUAUAAGGUACCUAUUUAUGGCAG